AUGGUGGCAGGGUCUUUAAUGUAUAACGCUCUCAUCGACUACUGGACUCUAACCGGCGAUGACCAGUACAAUUCAAUCAUCAAACAGGGCAUGCUUAGCCAAAUCGGCAGCGACGGCGAUUUUAUGCCUGCCAAUCAAACCAGCUACGAAACCAGCUCGGAGCAAGCCAGCUGGGCAUUGGCCGCGAUGAAUGCCGCCGAGGCAGGCUUUCUCACUGAUGACGGCAGCAACUCUAGCUGGGUCAUGCUCGCCGAAAAGGUCUUUAGCGAGCAGGCAGCGCGAUGGGAUACCAAGGCGUGCAACGGUGGAUUGAAAGACGGCAUCUUCCCGUUCCAGACCAGCUACCGGACAAAAGGCGCGUUUUCGAACGGCUUGUUCAUGCAAUUGGCUGCCAGGUUGGCCGUAUAUACUGGGAACUCGUCGUACAACGAAUGGCCGGAGAAAGUGUGGAAGUGGUCGGAAAGCACGGGGCUGGUGGACUCGAACUAUUCAAUCUACAACAUGCUCGACACUGAAAGUGGCUGUGACAUCAAUGACCCUACGAUGUGGACAGCCGAGUUUGGUGCAUAUCUGUCGACUGCCGCAAUACAGUACAACCCCACCAGCGGUUCGUCUAUAUGGAAAUCCCGGCUUGAUGGCGUUCUUUCGCGGGCUACCGAGGUAUUUUUCAACAUAGAUCCCGAUGUCAUGGUUGGAACCGGAUGUGAAUUUGUACAAUCCUGCAAUGAGGAAAUCGGAAUCUACAGAUCAGUGCUUGCACGCGCCCUGGGAGAUAUCGCCACGUUCGCACCAUACCUAAAGGCUUCUGUCACUCCUAAGAUUCAGAAUGCAAAGGACACUUUUUGCAACUUCUCGUGGAUGUCAUCCCGCAAUACUGCAUUUACCGGCCUGGGCCAGCAAAUCUCCGCUUUACAGAUUGUGCUAGCGAAUCUGGACCGGCCGCAAUUGGCGACUGCAAAUCAGACAGGCUCGGGGGAUGGGUCAGAAUCGACAGGAUCGUCUUCCACGUCUACUAGUGCGCCAUCUUCGACGCAGUCCACCGCAACACCAACUGCCAGUGGUGAUACAGGAGCCGGGAACCGUUUGGUCGGUUCUGUGUGUGGUGUUUUUGCUGGCGUUGUAGCUGCCCUAUUCUUGCCUCUGUAA